GGGGGCGGGGACAAAGGUCACUCUCUUGAGCAGCCAGCUUGCCACAACUCCCUGAGAUCUCCCAGGUGGCAGCUGCCUCUCCCAGACAGGCUCAUCCGCCAUGACCAAACUGAGCAGCCAAGUCAAAAGCUCCCUCAACAUCACCACCCCCGGGGUUCAGAUAUGGAGGAUCGAGGCCAUGCAGAUGGUGCCUGUUGCUUCCAACACUUACGGCAACUUCUUCGAGGGCGACUGCUACGUUGUCCUGGCUAUCCACAAGACCGGCAACAACCUGUCCUAUGACAUCCACUACUGGCUCGGCCAGGCCUCGUCCCUGGAUGAGCAGGGGGCGGCUGCCAUCUACACCACGCAGAUGGACGACUUCCUGAAGGGCCGGGCCGUCCAGCACCGCGAGGUCCAGGGCAAUGAGAGCGAGGCCUUCCGAGGCUACUUCAAGCAGGGCCUUGUGAUCCAAAAAGGGGGUGUGUCUUCCGGCAUGAAGAAAGUGGAGACCAAUUCCUAUGAGGUCCAGCGGCUGCUGCACGUCAAGGGCAAGAGGAACGUGGUGGCCGGAGAGGUGGAGAUGUCCUGGAAGAGUUUCAACCGUGGGGACGUCUUCCUCCUGGACCUGGGGAAGCUUAUCAUCCAGUGGAACGGGCCGGAGAGUAACCGCAUGGAGAGACUCAGGGGCAUGACCCUGGCCAAGGAGAUCCGAGACCAGGAGCGGGGCGGGCGGACCUACGUGGGCGUGGUGGAGGGGGAGAACGAGAAGGCAUCCCCAAAGCUGAUGGAGAUCAUGAACCACGUGCUGGGCACGCGCAGGGAGCUGAAGGCCGCUGUGCCUGACACGGUGGUGGAACCGGCACUCAAGGCCAACCUCAAGCUAUACCACGUGUCUGACUCAGAGGGAAAGAUGGUGGUUAGAGAGAUCGCCACCCGGCCACUCACACAAGACCUGCUCAGUCACGAGGAUUGCUAUAUCCUGGACCAGGGGGGCCUGAAGAUCUUCGUGUGGAAGGGCAAGAACGCCAAUGCCGAGGAGAAGAAGGAAGCCAUGAGCCAGGCACUGAACUUUAUCAAAGCGAAGCAGUACCCACAGAGCACGCAGGUGGAGGUGCAGAAUGACGGGGCCGAGUCAGCCAUCUUUCAGCAGCUCUUCCAGAAAUGGACAGUGCCUAACCGGACCUCGGGCCUGGGCAAAACCUACACCGUGGGCUCUGUGGCCAAGGUGGAGCAGGUGAAGUUUGACGCCACGUCCAUGCAUGUCCAGCCUCAGGUGGCUGCCCAGCAGAAGAUGGUGGAUGACGGGAGUGGGGAGGUGCAGGUGUGGCGCAUUGAGAACGUGGAGCUGGUGCCUGUGGAUUCCAAGUGGGUAGGCCACUUCUACGGAGGUGACUGCUACCUGCUGCUCUACACCUAUCUCAUCAGCGAGAAGAAACACUACCUGCUGUACAUCUGGCAGGGCAGCCAGGCCAGCCAGGAUGAAAUCGCAGCCUCGGCCUAUCAAGCUGUCAUCCUGGACCGGAAGUACAAUGAUGAGGCGGUUCAGAUCCGGGUCACGAUGGGCAAGGAGCCACCUCACCUCAUGUCCAUCUUCAAGGGACGCAUGGUGGUCUACCAGGGAGGCACCUCCCGGGCUAACAACUCUGAGCCUGUGCCCUCCACAAGGCUGUUCCAGGUCCGGGGAACCAGCGCCAGCAACACCAAGGCCUUUGAGGUCUCAGCCCGGGCCACGUCCCUCAACUCCAAUGACGUCUUCAUCCUCAAGACCCCGUCCUGCUGCUACCUGUGGUAUGGGAAGGGCUGUAGUGGGGAUGAGCGAGAGAUGGCCAAGACGGUGGCUGACAUCAUCUCCCGGACAGAGAAGCAAGUGGUGGUGGAAGGGCAGGAGCCAGCCAACUUCUGGAUAGCCCUGGGCGGGAAGGCCCCCUAUGCCAACACCAAGAGACUACAGGAAGAAAACCUGGCCAUCACGCCCAGGCUCUUUGAAUGCUCCAACCAGACCGGGCGCUUCUUGGCCACAGAAGUCCCUGACUUUAGUCAGGAUGACCUGGAAGAGGAUGACGUGUUCCUGCUAGACGUCUGGGACCAGGUCUUCUUCUGGAUUGGGAAGUACGCCAACGAGGAGGAGAAGAGAGCUGCAGCCACCACGGCGCAGGAGUACCUCAAGACCCACCCCAGCGGCCGGGACCUUGAAACUCCCAUCAUCGUGGUGAAGCAGGGAUACGAGCCCCCCACCUUCACGGGCUGGUUCCUGGCUUGGGACCCCUUCAAGUGGAGCAACGCCAAAUCGUAUGAGGAGCUGAAGGCGGAGCUUUCAAACUCGGGGGACUGGAGCCAGAUCAGUGCUGAGAUCACAAACCCUAAACCGAACGUGUUCAAAGCUAACAGCAAUCUCAGUUCUGGGCCCCUCCCCAUCUUUCCCCUGGAGCAGCUGAUGAACAAGACUGCGGAGGAGCUCCCUGAGGGCGUGGACCCCAGCAGGAAGGAGGAGCACCUGUCCGUGGAGGAUUUCACUGACGCCUUGGGGAUGACUCCAGCUGCCUUCUCUUCCCUGCCUCGUUGGAAGCAACAAAGCCUCAAGAAAGAAAAGGGACUAUUUUGAGAAGCAGGGGUAGCUGUGGCCUUGAAGCAGAACCCUUGCCUGCUUGCAGUUUCCUUUUGUUUUUAUUACUGGAAUUAAUCCUACUGGAAUUACAAUUACUGGAAUUAAUUGAAGUGAAAUUUUACAGUUGCACCUGUGAGCAGCAGCGGCAAUGUCACUUUGUUUAGUCACUUACCUAUUUCUCUAGAAAGAAGACGCCUCCGUACGGCGCCUGUGGUCCCAAUUUCAGCUCUCAAGGCGGUCCCAAUUGUUUCUAGCCUGGGGUGUUGCAUCACUUUUAACUAUCCUGUUCUAGAGCUUACCCUUCUUAGAAGAGCAGUCAAACACUGCACAGAACAUGAGUUCUGAGAGGAGCCUUUCCCGGGCUUUUCUUUAUCACGGCUCGGUUUUAUCUGUGGCAGGUAGGUUGAAGCAUUCUGCAGUUUUACAUCCUUCCCAGAGUGAUGGCUUUUCCUUUCCACACAAGCCUUCCUCACUGCCCUGUCGGGAUAUGUUAAAGGGGAUCUCUCCUUGGAAAGGGAGCUGAAUGGCCUAGGAGAUCUCCCUAGUAGGUGGUUUCACCGUACUGGCUAACCAGUACCCAGCGAGGGCAACGGUAACGUAUCCGCUGGGUCUAGGCUUGAGGCCUAAAGGCAAGUAGGAAAUGCAAAUGCUAUUUCAAACCCCCCCCCCCCCCCC